AUGCCGGGGAACCCGAAGCACCGCCCAAAAAGAGGAACCGUGACGACCACAAUGACCUGCCCCGCCGCCAAAACGACAGGUCAGCAUGAUCAUGGGAGGCCUCUUGGACAGCGACGACUCCAUAUCGGCGAACAAGGAAUACGAGCGAAAGGCCGUCACGGCGGCACAGCGCUAAUCCCUACCAUCUCCUUUACGGAUAAGGAUGCAGGUGGACUGGAUACCUCUCAUCUCGACCCACUUGUGGUCACUCUGCAAAUUCACGACUGCGUUGUCGCGAAAAUUCUGGUCGACACCGAGAGCACGGUGAACCUCAUCUUCCAAGAAACACUGGACCGCAUGAGAGUGAAAGAGAGCUCCAUCAAACCCACGUCUCGUCCCCUCCCCGGCUUCACCGCCGAGCAAGUCUACAGAUAUCGAACUUCUCUACAUGGAGCAACUUGA